GCUCUCUCUCCUGCGCAUAGAGCACGCAAUCACACCAGGCUUCAGCACAUGGGCACACAGACAGAAAGUGAGAGAGGAAUUGUGUGUGUGUGUGUGUGUGUGUAGGUGUGAACUGUGUCUGGUGAAGGAAAGCAUUGCCCAGACAAAUCGGUUGUGUGGAUGUUGACACCUUUUUUUCUUCUUUCUAGAGGUUACAGGAACAGACUUGUAUAGCGUAACAAGGGUUUUUGGCUUGCUGCGCCAAGUACAGACUCUUCUGAAUGUGCUUUUUGCUAGCACCCUGCAUGUUUUGUGUGCAGCGCUUUCAGUUGUGCGACUGUGCAUGCAAGCAGAUGUGUGUGUGUGUGUGUGUGUGUGUGUGUGUGUGUGUGUGUGUGUGUGUGUGUGUCUCAGUGUGCAUUCCAUUAUUAUGCUGUUGAUUAUUAGGCCUCCUUCCUUCCACAUGGUCCCCUGGGGUACGUGUGAAUAAAUGCAUUCCGUGUGUUUCUCUGCGCUCUUUCAUAUUUGUCUUCCGCCCGCGUAGAGGAUAUUUGCAUGAAAUGUUCGCGUCUGUGUGAGGGCUGUUCUCUCACGUCAGUACAUCGCCGUCUUGUUUCGUCUGAUUUCUUGGUGCAUAUAAAAGUAUAUUAGAGCGUUUUGUGCGCCGCGCUCGUGUUUGAUUUAGACAUCAAUGGCUGGCGCUGCCUGCAUAGCGUCAUACUCAGAAUUCAUAUUUUCAUCCCUCUCAUAUGCUCUCUGCGGCAGGCAUAUCACUGCACUUUAAUUGCCUUUGUGUAAAACACAGACUCGACAGCACACACACACACACGCACGCGCGCACGCAGCGAAUUCCGCAUUUGCUUAUUAUUACACGUGAGGCGCGUGCAUGUUGCUAGCCGCUGCGUUCCAGCGCCGUUUUUAAUGAAACGCGCUCGGCGUCCGUCACCGUUCCGUUAAGUCAGGCGUGUUGGCUGGAGAUCGGCAUCGCCGUAAACGUCAAUCAUUUCAUUCACAAUGGGACUGAAGAUCGGCGUACCAGCGUCUCCUGCCUCCCCAGCAGCCCCCGUGCUGGAUCGUACAGAGCUAGUGGGACAUUGUUAAGUGAUUCUUUAUCAAAUAUUAAAAUGGAAGUGAAAGCAGCUGCUCGCGUUAGAGGGGACUGAAGAUUGAAGGCAGAUUGCCUGGUGAGACGUAUAGCCAAGAUGAUGAUGAGUUGGACGUGUUCGGAGGAGAGGCCAGAAAGUUCAUGCCUAUCUCAGGCCAUCCAAAACGGAGUGUCUGAGGUUAUGGAGGAGGAAAGUAACUUAAAGAAACGAAAAAGCGAUCAACAAGGCAACCAGGUCUCUGAGACUGGUCAGGAGGUGGUGGAGAAGGUCAAAAAGCGACGGGGUCGCCCUCCUGCCGAGAAACUGCCGCCCAACCCUCCCAAGCUCACAAAACAGAUGAACACCAUCGUAGACAUGGUCAUCAACUACAAGGACACGUUGGGGCGACAGAUCAGUAAAGGUUUCGUUCAGCUGCCCUCAAGAAAAGAGGUGCCAGAGUACUAUGAGCUCAUCCGCAAGCCAGUCGACUUCAGGAGGAUCAGGGAGAGAGUACGUAAUCACAAAUACAGGUGCAUUGCUGACCUGGAAAAGGAUAUCAUGCAGAUGUGCCACAAUGCUCAGACGUUUAAUUUGGAAGGAUCUCAGAUCUUUGAGGACUCCAUUGUUUUGAAGUCUGUUUUUGAGAGCGCGAGACAGCGAAUAGUGGAGCUCAGCGCCGAAGACAAUGAUGCCGUUGGAAGCAGUGAAGCAGACGGUGGUCGUCUUUUAAAUCUAGAGCCUCCCGUUUCGAAAUCAACAAAUCCCAAGCUGGACGGAAAAAAAGGAAAAAAUAAAUCCGAUCCUAGUAAUUCCAGUUCAAAGGAAGUCACAAACAGUGAUGAAGACCUUGGCAAAGAAUGUGAGAAUAACACAAGAGGACUAUUAAAUUAGACCCCAAAUGACAGUCUGGUAUAAAAAUCAUUGUAUGCCAUUUCAAGAACAUUGUAUGGCCAUUUCAGUCUGGUUUUCUUGAUGUUUCGGUCAAGGAAUUGCUCAGAAUGUGAUCUCUCAUUAUUAUGGUUGCUUAAAACUCCUUUGUAAAACCUUUGUAUUCUAAAGAUAACAUUGUUAAUGCAGUGCUUCUGCAGUGAUACAUCUGAAAUUGGCUCUGUUUUCAUGUAUUUAUAAAAUGUAAAUAAGUCAUAAACCCAAAAUAGAUAUAAAAUAUCAUGGUAAAAAAAAAAAAAAAAAAAAGGUCUGUAAGUUCGGACUGCCUGAAAACGUUCACUCUUUUUUUCCCCAAGGAUGGAAAAACGGUGAUAUGACAUAUUAUGAUAUUGUAUGAUCAUUUAAACGGAUGCAUUCAAUCUUUCAAGAUGGUAUAAGCUGUGCUAAAUUUGCAAGCUAUUAUGUCUCUGUUUCAGAGAAUUUUUAAUCUGUGGUUUUUGUGACUAUGAGCACUUUGUCAUCUCCUCUUUGUACGUUUCCCUUUCCUUCAUUAACUGUUAACAUCAAAAAAAAAAAAAAAAAAAACAAGAAAAAAGGAAAAUUUUUAUUCAGCAGCUCUUUAUCUUUCUUUAGUUAUCACAGGAUCUUAACUGUCAGUACAUAGAGAAGUCGGGGCAUGAUGGCAAUGUAUUCUUUGGUGACAGAUCAGAUACUGCCCUCAAAGAGAGGCACCUAUUGAUGAUGCUGUCACGUUUGUGUGUUCAGUUUAUGAUGGAUGGGAGAAGUGGUGUGUUUGUGGAGAGAUGGAAUUAAAGUGUAUGGGGUUUAUAUGAUGUGAAAGGGAAAGUUUUAAGUCACCGUAUUACAAAAAUAAAAAUUUUUAUGAAAUCA